AUUACCUGUAUAUAGAUCUGUUCAUGUGCUGUAUGUAUUGUUUGUGAAAUCAUGUUUGCCUAUUUGAACUGACCUGCUUCUAUGAAUGUUCCUAUGUAUCUCUGACAAGUUUGAGAGACAGCUUUGCUGCACCCGUGGUGUCAUUCGUGAGCGAUCCAGAUUGUUUUUUAAGAGUUGCUGACCAUACAACCGUAGCUUUUUCAUAUAAUUAUUUCAAAUGGCAAGAUUUAAAGAUGUUUGUAGAACCAUGAGAGGGCUAAUCUGCCUGGAGAAAAACAUUUCACUGAGGGAAUUACAUGCACUGGCAUUUCGCCUGGUUUUCUAACAGAGUGGGUCAUUCAUUCAUAGCCUCCUGGACUCCAAUACUCUCAGCCCCGAUCUAAUGGUGAAUGGACUUUAUAGUAGCACAUGACAACAGACACUGCUGUUGAUCUACUGUAUUCUACAAAUAAAGAAGGGUGAACUGAAUGAUAACCGAACCACCUCACUGACGGUAAACUACUGUAUUAUGUUCCUCUAGCCAUAAAAUGCUUGUUAGUGUAUUCUUUCUACCCUUGUAACAGUGCUGUAAUGAACUCAUGUCAACAUUCCAAAAUUCAAGAUGGACCAACACAUCUCAAAGGUGAUAAAUGGUUCUAGAUUUUGGAAUGGUUAUACAAUUUUGGUCCUGAAGGUCUACUGCAGCUGCUGGUUUCCAUGCAAUCCCUCCGAUCAUUGACUGAUUCAGAUCUGGGACCAAAUGCCAUUUGAAAUCAUUUCAAAAUACUUUAGCUGUGCUUCAUUGAGCUUCCCUGUUGCAAACCCCACCCACAUAGCAACCCAGGCAGGCUGAAGCAAACGCUUAAAGUACGUAAAAGAUUACAAAUAGUAUUUGAACCCAGGUUUCCCUGGGACAUCAACUGAUUUAACUAUCUUGUCAGUCUUGUCAAUAUGUACAAUUCAGCAGAUGUUUAGGUGAGCGAUUAGCAUUUUGGCUGCUUGUUUAUGUUUAACUCCUGGAAAAUAGGUUUUGGUAAUUAGUACUCUCAAUAACUAAACCAUGAUGCCCUUGUCGUUUUGAUUUGAGGGUGGAUAUUGGGAGUUAUGGCGCCAUGUAUCUGAAUCCCCUGGUAAUCUGGCUAGUUGACACCGAGAAGUGAGGUGUUGGGAGGCUGUAGCUCUGCCUCUUGGCCAUGGAGACAGGGGGGCCUGGUCAGCCCGGUCAGCCAGGCCCGGUGCUGGGGCUUCGGAGUCUCUCCUUUGCCUACCAGGGAUUGCUAGAGAUCCCCUACGAAGUCAUACUAGCCCAGCGAGACACCCUGGAAGUGUUGGACCUCAGCUACAACCUGCUGGAGGACCCAGCUCUCUUGGGUGAACUGGAGAAGCUCAGCACUCUGAUCCUGGACUGCAACAGCUACUCGUCCCACGUCAAGUUCCCCUACAUGCCUAGUGUCACCACCGUGUGGAUCAACAAGAACAAGGUCGGCAACCUGCCCAUCUUCGUUGAGGAGAUCCGAAGCAAGUUCCCCAACAUCAAGAUUCUCAGCAUGAUGAACAACGAAUCAGCACCCAGCUACUUCAAUGGAGGGAGUCUAGACCAGUACAUAGACUACAGGCAGUAUGUGAUCAGUCAGAUCCCAAGCCUGAAGAUCCUGGAUGACACUGAGGUUUUGGAGAAAGAGAGAGCGCAGGCUAAGAAGACCUAUAGGAUGCAGAGGACCAGGGAAGGCAGCAAAAAGAGGAAGGAACUUCAACAUUAAACCCUCCAUAACACUGCUCCCUAUCGAACUGAACUUCAAAGAUUUAUCAAGAUGAGAAAAAUAAUCAUUGUAUAGAUAGAUAACUAGUUCAAGGCAAGUUAGCAUAAUUUCAAAUAUAUUUUCAACAUGUUUAUCAAAAUUAAAAUGGGAUAACUUAUCUUAUGACUUUGGUUGAGGGGGUUCUAAGCUGAAAUAUGGAAUUGUUUUAAGAUGGUCAUGCUAUGGAGCAUUUAGCUAUUUGAUUUGGAAUUUUAGGACCCCUUCAGGUACAACACAUAUUUGCUAAAAUAUUGAAUUUGGCCUUUACUACUAUAGCACAUAGAAAUACAUUGAAUAACACAUUCAUAAAUGGCUAAAAAGACAGUCAGAAAAUAAAUCAUUAGGAACAAGUGUCUGUCCUUUUUCUAAAAGAUAUAAGAAUGCUCAGGAAAUAUACAGUAUCAGUCUAAAGUUUGGACACACCUAAUCAUUCA